UGCGUCGCAAAUAUACAGGGAUACUCUAUCGAGGGCAAAUGAGAGCUCAUCGGCUAGUAUAGUAUACAUCUUGACUCGAUAUAUUUAUUUAUAGUGAUAUAUUUUUCCUUCCUUGAUGCAGAAAAUAUAUUUUGUUUAUCAUAUAUCCACGUAGCUCUCUCGCCCCACACCCUCACCCUAUUCUACUACGGUACACCCUCCCUCUUCCACUGCACAUAGAUGUAAUGUUGGUAUCAGCGUUUUUUCCAAUAACCGAUGUCUGUGUGCAUCCCGCCUCCCUGCGCUCUCAAAUAGAUGGUGCAAGUCAAAAUGUCCAAAUCGUCCGCAGACCCACUGCCUGGUGUCGAAACAGGCUCACAGUCUCACAAUUUCCAGCUGCCCAGGAAGUUGCCUAAGAGGAAAAGUCGGUUCAAACGUUCGGAUGGCAGCACGUCCUCAGACACCACCUCCAGCUUCAUCAAAAGACAGGGGUCGGCUGAUUCGUACAACAGUAGACCGUCGGACUCCGACCUGUCAGCGGAGGAGGACCGCGAGGCGUAUCGGCGUGAAGCCGAGCGCCAGGCCCAGCUCCAGCUCGACAGAGCUAAGUCUAAACCUGUAGCGUUUGCUGUGAAGACCAACGUGGCUUUCUGUGGGGCUCUGGAUGAGGACUGUCCCGUUCAAGGAGCUGCAAUCAACUUCGAAGCCAAAGACUUCCUGCACAUUAAGGAGAAGUACAACAAUGAUUGGUGGAUUGGUCGUCUGGUGAAGGAGGGGGCAGACAUCACCUUCAUCCCCAGCCCUUUACGCCUGGAGGCUAUGAGACUCAAACACGAACAAAGGAAAAGAGGGGGGAACUCUUCCUCCAGUCUGGGUGACAUGGUGUCUGGGAGCUGGAGGACAACGCCGCCAUCUGGUGACAAACCGAAGCAAAAGCAGGAACACAUUCCUCCGUAUGACGUGGUCCCGUCUAUGCGGCCGGUGGUCUUAGUGGGGCCGUCACUGAAGGGGUAUGAGGUGACAGAUAUGAUGCAGAAAGCUCUGUUUGACUUCCUGAAACACAGGUUCGACGGAAGAAUCUCCAUCACACGCGUUACGGCGGACCUAUCUCUGGCCAAGAGAUCUGUGCUCAACAAGAGGCCAAUCAUGGAGAGAUCCAAUACUCGCUCCAGCCUGGCCGAGGUCCAGAGUGAGAUAGAGAGGAUAUUUGAGCUGGCCAAAACCCUCCAGCUGGUGGUUCUGGAUGCAGACACCAUCAACCACCCGGCCCAGCUAGCCAAGACUUCCUUGGCCCCUAUCAUUGUAUACGUCAAAGUGUCCUCGCCAAAGGUGCUCCAGAGGCUGAUCAAGUCCCGGGGGAAGUCUCAGAGCAAACACCUGAAUGUCCAGAUGAUGGCCGGAGACAAACUGUCUCAAUGCCCCCCUGAGAUGUUUGAUGUCAUUUUGGAUGAGAACCAAUUGGAGGAUGCGUGUGAGCACUUGGCUGAAUACCUAGAGGUGUACUGGCGCGCCACUCAUCUUCCCGACACCACCCCCAUCAACCCGCUAUUAGAGCAGAACCUCAUGACCCCGCCCUCAGCCAACUCUAGCCUACAGACCCAGAAUAAGAACCAGCCCCCAGUGCAGCACAGCAGUGUGGGGGUGGAGGGUGAGGAGGUGGAGGCCCACUCCCCUCUGGAGCAGGACAGCCUGAUGCCGUCUGAAGAAGGCAGCGACUCCCUCUCCCGCGGCCUCCUUGGGGGCCCACGCCUCCGGGGGGACGAGGAGGACGAGGAGCUGGUGGAGGAAUUAGAAGAGGAACUAGAUGAGGAGGAUGAGUUUGAGUCCCCUUGCCACGCCCAAACUUACAGGGACAGGUACCCCCCUCACCGCAGUCACCGCGGGGGCGUCCACAGCACCAACGGGCAUGAAUCACAGGACAGGCUGCUCCAGCGCGAUGCCCAGCAGGGGCACAACCAGCGCAACAACUGCCAACGCAGCCGCCCCUGGCCCCGAGACAACUACUGACAUUUCUAACGUAUCCUGGCCCCAAGACAACUACUGACAUCUCUAACGUACCCUGGCCCCAAGACAACUACUGACAUCUCUAGCAUACCACUGGCCCCGAGACAACUACUGACAUCUCUAGCAUACCACUGGCCCCGAGACAACUACUGACAUCUCUAACGUACCCCUAGCUCCAAGACAACUACAUGAAAUCUCUAGCAUACCACUGGCCCGAGACAAUUACUGACAUCUCUAACGUACCCCUGGCUCCAAGACAACUACAUGAAAUCUCUAGCAUACCACUGGCCCCGAGACAAUACUGACAUUUCUAACGUACCCUGGCCCCAAGACAACUACUGACAUCUCUAACGUACCCUGGCCCCAAGACAACUACUGACAUCUCUAGCAUACCACUGGCCCCGAGACAACUACUGACAUCUCUAGCAUACCACUGGCCCCGAGACAACUACUGACAUCUCUAACGUACCCCUAGCUCCAAGACAACUACAUGAAAUCUCUAGCAUACCACUGGCCCGAGACAAUUACUGACAUCUCUAACGUACCCCUGGCUCCAAGACAACUACAUGAAAUCUCUAGCAUACCACUGGCCCCGAGACAAUUACUGACAUCUCUAACAUACCCCUGGCCCCAAGACAACUACUGACAUCUCUAGCAUACCACUGGCCCCAAGACAACUACUGACAUCUCUAACGUACCCCUGGCCCCAAGACAACUACUGACAUCUCUAGCAUACCACUGGCCCCGAGACAACUACUGACAUCUCUAACGUACUCCUGGCCCCAAGACAACUACUGACAUCUCUAACGUACCACUGGCCCCAAGACAACUACUGACAUCUCUAAAGUACCCCUGGCCCCAAAACAACUACUGACAUCUCUAACGUACCCCUGGCCCCAAGACAACUACUGACAUCUCUAACGUACCACUGGCCCCAAGACAACUACUGACAUCUCUAACGUACCCCUGGCCCCAAAACAACUACUGACAUCUCUAACGUACCCCUGGCCCCAAGACAACUACUGACAU